AUGGGUCCACUAGAUGUGAUGUGUCAAAAUCCUGGCAAUGCCAUUAUCCACACAGGACAUGAUAAUGGCACUGUUUGCUUGUGGUCUCCCAACGUGAAAGAGCCGUUAGUGAAAAUGUUGGCACAUCAGGCUUCUAUCCGAGGCAUGGAUGUUGAUCAAACGGGGAAAUAUAUGGUGACCACAGGGCUUGAUCGAAAGUGCAGGGUCUGGGAUGUACGCAUGUACAAACAAUUACACGCGUUCUCCCUUCCGUUUGGACUUUCACACGUUGCCAUCAGCCAACGGUUAGCCGUAGCAUGCGCCAUAGGAAACACCGUUCAGAUAUUCAAAGAUAUGCAUCUUGGUAUUUGUCAUGAACCUUACCUCGCCAAUCGCUUCGGUGGACCGAUUACAGAUUUAGCCUUUGUACCGUAUGAGAUGUUCUGGGUUGGCCAUGCUAAUGGAUUCACGAGUAUGCUAGUUCCAGGUUCUGGUGAGGCCAAUGUUGAUGCCAUACAUGCGAAUCCAUAUGAGACAAAGAACGUAACGGCAAGAGAAAAGAGAAUUCAAGCCAACUUCUGA